AUGGACGGAUACUUGGAGAAUCCCUUUGGGCAGAACUACUCUACGGGCGGCGGCGCCAGCGGCGGCGGUUUCUUUGGCGGCGCGGAUGGGAGCCAGGACGGCGGCGGACGCCGUGUCGGGACGAAUUCGUUGCGCCCGGUGACGAUCCGCCAAGUGCUGAAUGCGUCGCAGCCACACUCGGAUGCACCGUUUACGUUUGACAAUGCCGAGCUGAGCCAAGUGACGCUCGUCGCAUGGAUCCAGAACAUGUCGAGGAACGCGACAAACGUAUCGUACACACUGGACGACGGCACUGGCCAGCUGGAUGUGCGUCAGUGGAUCGAUAACUCGGCAGACGAAGGUGCUGCUGCCGAUGAGUUUGCGACGAAUCAGUUUGUGCGCGUGCUGGGCGAGAUCAAGUCGUUCAACAACAAGCGCAGCGUGACGGCUGCGUCGAUUGCGCGGCUUGAGGACGAUAACGAGUACUUGUUUCACCAGCUAGACGUGAUCUACACACAUCUGCAGCUGACCAAAGGCGCGAAGCAGACCAAGCAUACAGGCCCGGAGGCAUCUGCGUACGACGACGCGGGCACUGGGGCGGUGGAUGUAUCCUCGACAGACCUCUCGCAUCUGGCGCCACUCCAGCGCAAGAUCUACCAGGCCAUCGCUGCCGAGGCGCCCGACUGGCCCGAAGGCGUGGACGUGCAGCAGAUCAUGCAGCGCUGCAAGGCAACCGAUCCCGCCCAGGUCCAGGAUGCGAUUGACGAGCUCGCCAACGAUGGGUACAUUUACCAGGCGAGCGACGAGACACAUUAUCUCACGACCGCUGGCUAG